UAAUUAUCACUGGUUCAGUACACAUUUGAAUUUAAUCGAAACCAGACGCGCAAAAUGAGCAAAUCAAUCGCAAAAGUUACGAAGACCAUAAUAUCUUCGCCCAACAUAUACAAGCCUGUGGGGCCAUACAGCCAGGCAGUAUUGGCGAACAAUACUCUGUAUGUAUCCGGUGUUUUGGGUGCCACACCAGACACAAAACUCGUAUCCGGUGCUGCUGCCCAAACUAAGCAGGCUUUGGAGAAUCUAAAGCAUAUUUUAAAAGCCGGCGGUUCGUCUUUAGCUGGUGUUGUUAAAACGACGAUUUUGUUGGCGAAUAUGGACGACUUCGCUGACGUGAACAAAGUGUAUGCGGAAUAUUUUCCGGAAAAUGCGCCGGCGCGUGCCUGUUAUCAAGUUGCUAAGUUACCGAUGAAUGCUGCUGUAGAGAUUGAGGCUGUGGCCCUGAGUGGUGAUUUAGAAAUUAAGCAAGGAUUAUAGUUCUCAAUAGGUAUACAAAUUGGCUAAAGAAAAUAAUUUAUUUAAAGAAAAAUAUAAUUUUAAAAUUAUUCUGUGUCUAAUAUUCAGUCUGUAAUCUAUGUAAGCAAAAUAUAUUCAUCGAAAAUAACUUAAGAUUAAACUGUUAACCUACCCUUAAUUAAAAGACUUCUAAGAAUAGAUAACAAUGUUGCUACAUUUAUUUAAAUUGAUAACACUGAGUUUUAAAAUAAAUAAUUAAAUAUU